AGCAAGGCGCACUCGUCGUGUGGUUUGCGCUUGCGCGUUGAGGUUCCCAUUCACUUGAAGGGCGGCAAGAGCGGCGGCGGCAUGAUCCGCUGCCGGGGCUUGUAUUCCGUGGCGGCGGCGGCCCCGCGGACGCCGCUACGGCUCUCGGCACCGCCGAGGGAGCCCCGGAGGCAUUUCCGUGCCAGCCCCGGCAGGCCCCUCGACCCCUUCCAAGAGAUAAGCAAGGAAUUUAAGAAGUUUGGUAAGAACUUGAAAGAGGCCCUUCCUGGCAAUGCCUGGAGCCCACAUCCUGCUUCAGUUGAAUUUCCUCCAGACGAGGCUGAUGUCGUCAUAAUUGGUGGCGGGGUAAUGGGCUGGUCCAUUGCUUACUGGCUGAAGAAAAAAGAAUCAUGGCGUAGUGGCCUGAAGGUGUUGGUGGUUGAAAGGGACCUCAGUUACUCUGAAGCAUCUACAGUACUCUCAGUGGGGGGAAUACGGCUGCAGUAUUCAUUGCCAGAAAACAUCCGAAUGACCCAGUUCUCUGCACACUUCUUGCGCUUAAUCAACGACUAUCUUCAUGUUGCCGGUGAGCCUCCUAUAGAUAUUCAAUUUAAUCCUUCUGGCUAUCUCUUUUUGGCUUCAGAAGAAGGAGCCGCAGUGCUGGAAGAAAAUGUGAAAAUUCAAAGGGAGGAGGGUGCAAAGGUCUUCCUUAUGUCACCAGAGCAACUGAAAAAGAAAUAUCCAUGGAUGAAAACAGAUGAUGUAGCUUUGGCUUCCUUUGGCUUGGAGAAAGAGGAAUGGUUUGAUCCUUGGACCCUACUGAAUGCCUUCAAGAGAAAAGCCAAAUCUUUGGGUGCCCUUGAGUACUGUGGAGAAGUGACUUCUUUCUCCCUGGAGUCCACAGAAAUGAUAACCGCUGAUGGGGAGAAUGCUUUGCUCUCUCGCAUCAAGAGUGUUAAAAUCUGGAUUCCCUACAUUUUUGAAUCUGCCACAGUUUCUUCUGGCAUGGUGGUGAAUACGGCAGGUGCCUGGUCAGGCAAAGUGGCAGAAAUGGCCAGGAUUGGGACCGGGCAGCCAGGCACGCUGUCAGGAAUCAAGUUGCCCGUGGAACCCAGGAAAAGAUAUGUCUAUGUGUUCCACUGCCCUGAUGGGCCUGGCUUGGGGUGCCCUUUUGUAAUUGACACGACAGGAGCUUACUUCCGAAGGGAAGGUUUGGGUGGCAACUACGUUGGAGGCUGCAGCCCUUCAGAAGAGGAAGAACCAGAUAUCCAAAACCUGGAAGUAGAUCAUGAGUUCUUCCAGGAGAAAGUGUGGCCGAAGCUGGCCCACCGAGUGCCAAGCUUUGAAUCACUGAAGGUGAAGAGUUCUUGGGCCGGUUACUAUGACUAUAACACUUUUGACCAGAACGGGGUGAUUGGAUCGCACCCAUUGGUGAGCAACCUGUACUUUGCCACAGGCUUCAGCGGCCAUGGAUUACAGCAGUCCCCCGCAGUUGGCCAAGCCAUCGCUGAACUCAUCAUGGACGGUCAAUAUAAAACCAUCGACCUGACGACAUUCUCUUUUGAUAGAAUCCUCAGAGGGGAGAAAGUUCUAGAAAGGAAUAUCAUCUAAAUAAGUGGGGAGUCCAUUUGGGUGGCGACUGGCGAGUAGACACGGAAAAACUGGUGGAAAAAGGCACUUGCAGAAAGCCACUGCCAGUUACCAGCAUUCAGCGACCAAUCAGCAUCGAGCAGAAGUUCUUCAAAAACCUGAAAUGGAGCAAUUUGGAAAAGAUUAAAACCCUUCAGGAUCUCCCGGGUUCAACAGACAUCAGAACAGUUACUUCUUUUACUCCAAAUCUCUAGAAUUCCAUGGCUAUUGUGGUUUUGGAAUUUUUAUAUUUGUUCAAUUGUUUUAUGAUUGAAUAAUUUAUUGUAAUUUAACUCGACUUCUAUUUUAACUAUUAUGAGCUGCCUUAGUUUCUUUGUGGAAGAAAGAGUGUCUAGAAAUGAUAUAAGUAAAUGAAUGAAAUAAGUUAUAAAUUCUGGGACCUGGAGUCCCCAAAAGUA